AAUAUAAUAAUGACAGAAAUUUUUAAUGGUGGAUUUAAAUCAUUAAUAAAUUUUAAAAAAUAUACAGAUGUAAAAUUAAUAUGUAAUAGUAUAGAAUACCCAACACAUAGGAUUAUAUUGGCCAAUAGUUCUGAAUUCUUUUCAAGACUCUUAUUAUCAAAUUUUAAAGAAUCACAACAGAAUAUAAUAGAACUAAGACAACCAGAUCCAUUCAAUGUUUUUCCAGCGGUUCUAGACUUUAUGUAUGAUGGUAUCAUUUACUUAUCACCAGAGAAUGUAAUUCCACUCCUGGCGAUGAGUGAUCACUAUCUAAUUCGCGACCUUCAAAACCUUUGUACUCAAUUCUUAGAUCAAAAUUUACAUAGAGAGAAUGUAUUAACAAUUUUAAAAUACUCUAUAGAAUUUCAUUUUGAAACAAUAACUGAAAGAUGUAUAACUAUAAUAGCCAAAAAUUUCACAUUUGUUUGUGAACAAUUAAUAAAUAAAAACAAACCUUGUAAUAAUAAUAAUAACAAUAACAAAAAUAAUAACAAUAAUAAUAAUUUAUCAGAUAAUAAUAGUAAUAAUAAUUUAAUUUAUUGUGACUUUUCAUUUUUACCUCCAUCAAUUUUUUAUAAAAUAUUAGAUCACUCCUAUUUAGUAGUUAAAAGCGAAUAUACUUUAUAUAGAAUAGUUUUAAAUUUUAUAGAGAAUUUUUUUGAUGAUCAAGAUAAAGAUGAAAUCACAUUAGACACUGAAAUAACUGAUAAUUUGAAGGUAUCAGAUUUAAUGUCUCAAAUUAGAUAUAUAUGGAUGACUUAUGACCAAUUAGCUUUAGUUACAAAGAAUCCAUUAAUUCCAAAAGAAAUUUUAUUCGAAACCUUAUUAGAAAGAUUAAAGAAAUUCGAAUCAAAACCAUCAUUAACUAUUCAGAAAUCAAGUAUUAUUAAUAAUAAUAAUAAUAAUAAUAAUAAUACCAAUAAUAACAAUAACAAUAACAUUAAUGUAUCCAAUAGCGCAAAUAAAACCUUAUCAGUUUCUCCAACAAAAUCAACAAAUAAAUCCAGCUCCUCAUCAAUAACCAUUUCUGCACCAUUAUCCUCCUCACCAUCAUCCUCCUCAACAGCAUCUUCAUUUAUUCAACCAAACAAAAACGGUUUACCCGCAUCUGCCUCCUCCUCUUCGGCUUCCUCUUCCUCUGCCUCCUCUUCAUCCUCCCUAUCACAACAACAACAACAGUCACAACCAGAUAAAAGUAUUUUAAGAAGAUAUCAACCAAGACCACCUCAAUCUAUUUUAUUUGAAUAUCAAUAUGACUUUGAUUAUAAAGGUAUUAUAUUUUGGAUAUCCACCGAUGGUAAUAAAGAAAAAUGGUCCAAUCCACACCUAACCUCAAAGAUAAAGAUAACAUCAUCCAGUGUUGAUAAAGGUAACCUACAUGAUAUUGUCGAAAUAACACCAAAUGCAUUUUGGACUAAAGAUGUACCAGCAUCAUGGGUUAUGAUUGAUGUAGGACCAAAUAGAUCAGUAGUGCCACAUUAUUAUACCAUUAGACAUGGUUUAUCGUUUAAAUCAGACUCAUUGAGAACAUGGGAUUUUCAAGGCUCAACUAAUGGUGAACAGUGGACUGUUUUAAAAAGACAUACCAACGAUUUAUCAUUAAACUUUAAAUAUGCAACUCAUUCUUGGCCAAUCACAGGUUGUGAAACUGCUUACAGAUACUUUAGAAUUUUGCAGACUGGUAAAAACUCAAACAACAGAAACUUUUUGGUAAUUGGUGGCAUUGAAAUUUAUGGCGAAUUAUUACAACUAGAUAGUAAUAACAAU